UGACAACACUCGUUGGAAAAAAGAAAAAAAAAAACCCGAACAAGCGCAUAGUCUAUAAAUGUAAAGGUUUUCUCAAAGGUGGACACUUCUGGGAUGGCAACUUCACUUCUGGGGGAAGAGCCCAAGUUUGGAUCUACUCCUUUAGCCAUGUUGGCUGCAACCUGUAACAAGAUCGGCAGCCCGAGUCCGACAUCUGCCAUGAUAUCAGACAGCGCUUCAUUUGGGAAAGGCUUCCAUCCUUGGAAAAGAGGCUCUCCGGGGAGCUGCAGUCUCGGGUCCAGUUUGUCAUCUCGAGGCGGUAGCGGCCUGGUGGAAACCUUUAGCGCAAACGCUUCUCCAGUUUCCAGCGCUUUCUCACUAACGACCAGCAGCAGCGCGUCCGGGAGCCCCUUCGGGAGCGAUUACUCUGCGUUUCAGACCUCUGUGUCCAUCUCAGGCGGACCUCAGGAGCCGAGUUCGCAGCCCGUGUUCAUCUCCAAAGUGCACACUUCGGUGGACAGCUUGCAGGGCAUCUAUCCGAGGAUGGGGGUCGCGCACGCGUAUGACUCUUGGUUCAAAUCGGGCAUCGCGUCUGGGGACGUGAGCGCGUCAGCCGGCGCUUCGGCCUGGUGGGACGUGGGCACGGGUUGGAUCGACAAUCCACUGGGCGCCAACGGCCUCCAGACCUCGCUGCAUUCUCCGUUAGGAAGCUACAACUCGGACUACUCGGCGGCGCUCGGGCACUCUGCGUUCAGCGCUGCUUCAUCGCCGCACCUGCUCGCCGGCGGGCAGCACCUAGUGGACGGAUUCAAGCCCGUGUUGCCGGCCUCGUACCCGGACUCGAGCCCAAGCUCAGUGGCUGGAGCCAGCGGAGCAGUCCUAACCGCAUCGCCUGCUGUGACACUCGCGGGCUCUCCACGCUCGUCUGCGCGGCGCUAUGCGGGCAGGGCGACCUGCGAUUGCCCGAACUGCCAAGAGGCUGAACGGCUCGGACCGGCAGGAGCGAGCCUCCGGCGCAAAGGGCUGCACAGCUGCCACAUCCCGGGCUGCGGGAAAGUCUACGGCAAGACGUCUCACCUGAAGGCGCACUUGCGCUGGCACACGGGCGAGAGGCCGUUCGUGUGCAACUGGUUGUUUUGCGGAAAGAGGUUCACACGCUCCGAUGAGCUCCAGAGGCACCUGCGCACGCACACCGGCGAGAAGCGCUUCGCCUGCCCCGUGUGCAACAAGCGCUUCAUGCGCAGCGACCACCUCAGCAAACACGUGAAGACGCACAGCACCGGUGGCACCGAAAAUUCAGCCUCGAACGGCGGCGUGUGCAAAAAGGGCAGCGACACCGACAGCGAACAGAGCGCGCCGGGCAGCCCUGCGUGUCAGUCCCCGGAUAACACUGCGCACUACGGGGCCAGUCCAGACGGCAAGCACGAGAGGCCCCAGUUCAAUCAGCUCAACAAUCUCAGUUUGUAAAAUAGGUAUAAAUGGUAAAAUUGCGUUAAGGCUGUGUCAGUACGCCUACUUCUAUCCAUCCACACAUAACUAAGAAAAAAAAACUUUUGGAAAUGUUAUCUAAUAUUUUAUUCAAAAGUCUCAGGUGUCUUCAGAAACACAGACAGACAGGGAGCAGAGACAACUUCCAGUAGCCUCCUGUAAAACAAACAAACAAACAAACAAACAAACAAACAAACCUGGAGACCUUCAUGCGUCAAAGAAACUUCAACAAAACCCCCUUAUGUUUACUGUAUAUAUUUAGGUUUAUUAUGAAUUGUCUUGUUUGAUUAAACUAUACUGAGGCACUUUACUCUUCAUAUUUAAUUCGGUUUACUUUAUGGUAAACCCAAUACACCAUAAACUCAGCAAGACAACACUGCUGAGAGUUUCAAACUCUGAAUGGUGUUUUCCGGAAAAAAAAAAUCCAUCAGAUGUUGCUUAGUUAUCAGAGAAGGCUCUCAUGGCCUUCAGGACACUUGUGAAAUGUAUUCAAGCAAAUUUAAAGAAUCCAGUCUCAGUGUGGUUUUGUACCGUAGUUUUUAAUGACCUUGUGACUGGAACCUGCUCAGAUCUUCCCCUCCCAGUGCGCGGACAUGUUCACUUUCUCCUGGAAAACAAACUGAAAAGUUGUACAUAGAGUGUGUCUCGGUCUCAGUUUUAUUUAUCCACGAGUUUGAACUUGUACUUUGAAGUCUAUCAGAGUCGCACUUUGAAUUUAUAUUUAUGAUUUUAGAAUAGGAUCAUUUCUAUCAGGUUGUUCAUCCUUUUUUUUUUAAUUUAAUCAUUUUUGGUUUGUUUAAUUUAA